AUGGCAAGUCUUGAAGUAGAAGCAGACGACUCGCCCUUCACUGCCUCUGACAUUGCCGACUGCAAAAAGGCGCUUGCCGAAUGGGAAGAGUCCAAGGGAUCUUACUGGAAGUUUGAAGUAGUUCCAAAUCAGUUCAAACAGUCGCUUGCUGACACUGACGACCUGCUGUUCCUGUACUUCGACGAGCACUUCGGGGUUAUAGGCGGCUGGGAUGAAGUGGUGAGCAACUUGAGACAUCUUAACAAGACCGCCCCCGAAACCGAACGCUAUAAGAUCUUGUUCAUCGCUUCCUCCGGCCAUGGUUACCAUGACUUGGCCCGAGAAAAGUACGGAAAAGCAGCCUGGAGCAAUAAUUGGCUGAAGAAGAAUGGCGAUGGAACAAUCGUGUGGGGCCCUGAUCCGCUAUUGACAGACUUGGGCAUCAGUCAGGCACGCAAAAUUCGAGACCAGUGGGAAGUUGAGAGACUCAACAACUCUGCCAAAGACCCCAACUUGAUCAUGCCUGGAGAAUGGGUAGUUUCGCCGUUGAGACGCUCAAUUGACACUUUAAUUCACACCUGGGACGGCUUAGUAGACCUCGAGAAGGCUAACCCAUUCAUCUCUGAAAACCUUCGAGAAACCAUAGGAAUCAACACUUGCAGCAAGCGCUCUCCCAGAUCAGAGAUUUUUGAUAGCUACCACAAGUUGGGGUUUAGAAAUGAUGAAUUGGAAGCAAACGAUAUUUAUUACAAGGAUGACUAUAGAGAAACGGUGGUAGAACAUACUCUCCGCAUCAACAAAGAACUUCAGGAAAUAUUCUUCUACAAGAAGGAUAUCAUAAGUAUUACCAGCCACAGUUGCUCUAUAAGAGCUCAGUUGUUGGCAUUGGGUCACCGUGCAUUUUCCGUGGGAACGGGGGGCAUGAUCCCAGUGUUUGUUAAAGCCACGAAGAUAGGCGAGCCUGAAGGAGAAGGGGAGGUAUUGAAAGAAGAUUGGGGUCCUCAGGUUUUUAUUGAAUAUGUUGAGAAUCUUGCCUCAAAAGAGGGAAUAAGGUAUUCAGAGGCUUUAGAAACGGUCAUGGCCAUGUAG